GAGGCCGUGUCCGCGGCCGCACCCCCACCGGCACCGAAACCGGCAUCGUCGUUCCUGGCCUUAGAGCCGCGGCUGCAGCACGAGUUACAGAAGAAGUCGCAGCGGGGCCGCAGCAAGCGGACGGCCAAGGAGGAGCUGAAGCCGGGCGUGGUGUACGUGGGCCAUCUCCCGCGGGGGCUCUGCGAGCCGCAGCUCCGCGAGUACUUUGAGCAGUUCGGGACGGUGACGCGGCUUCGGCUCUCCAGGAGUAAGAAGACUGGAGGCAGCAAAGGCUACGCAUUUAUAGAGUUUGAGUCCGAUGACGUGGCUAAGAUCGUUGCAGACACGAUGAACAACUACCUGUUUUCUGAAAGGCUGCUCAAGUGCCAGUUUUUACCUCCUGAAAGGGUCCAUGAAAACCUCUUCAAAAGCAGUAACAAAAUAUUUCUGAAGCCUUCUCACCCAGCGGUCAGGCGGUACAAUAAGAUACGUUCACUUGUCCAGAAGGCAAAAAUGACCAAGCGACUCCUACGAAAGGAGAAACUUCUGCGGAAGAAGCUGGCUGAAAAGGGGCUGAACUAUGACUUCCCUGGAUUUGCUGCACAGGAGCUUUCCAUAAAGACAAAAAAAGUUAAAAAAUCCAAGAAAUCAAAACUGAACGCUUCUUUGAGCAGCCAGGAUCCUACUCCAGUCUGUACUCCUGCAGUGCUUGAGCGCCGGAAAGCUUCCCAGGCAGGGGAUGACGCAGAGGACAAAGAAAUAACUCUCAGACUGCCCGCUGCCAGUGUUAAGAAUGCUGUGAAGAGACCAAAGAAGCAGCCAAGGAAAACCAAACCUGAAGAAACAGAAACAGACUUAAAAUGUUGA